AUGAGCAAUCGCUCAAAAUUGGAAGAUUCUCGUUUGACGAGCCAAAAAGAGGCGCAUAAUUAUUGGGGUUUUGCCAAUUUUCCCAACCAGGUUUUUCGGCGAGCCGUGAAAAAUGGCUUCAAUUUCACGUUGAUGGUUGUUGGUGAGCACACUAUUCGCUGGAAAAAUUUUGAAUUUUCAGCCAAAAAUCACUUUUUCAGAUGGAAAAGGUGGUUUUUGGCUGAAAAUUUGACUGGAAAUCGGAAUUUUCAGCCAAAAUUCACUUGCUUUCAUGGGAAAAUCCAGGCUUGCUUAGAUUUUCAGAUGGAAAAGGUGGUUUUUGGCUGAAAAUUUGACUGGAAAUAUGAGUUUUCAGUCAAAAAUCGCUUGCUUUCAUGGGAAAAUCUAGGCUUGCUUAGGUUUUCAGAUGGAAAAAGUGGUUUUUGGCUGAAAAUCUGGAAAUUUUCAGCCAAAAUUCACUUGCUUCCUUAGGAAAAUCCAGGCUUGCUUGGAUUUUCACAUGGAAGGAGUGGUUUUCGGAUGAAGAAAUUGUAGAAAUCUGAAAUUUUCAGCCAAAAAUCGCUUGGUUCCAUGGUAAAAUCUAGGCUUGCUUAGAGUUUCAGAUGGAACAGGUGGUUUUUGGCUGAAAAUUUCAAACAAAGCAACAUCUGAAAUUGCUGAAAAUUUGUCUGAAAAUCCAGUUUCCCCAUCUGAACAGACUGGAAAGUUCAGCUGGGCUUGAAAAUUGGAUUUUCAGCCAGAUUUUUAGCAGAGAUGCGGAAGCUAUGCCCAAAUUUUGAUUUCAGGGUUAAAAAGUGCUAUUUCCAGUUUUUGAGCUCAAAAUUUCAACACAAAAUUAUUCAAAAUUGCCGAAAAUUUGUCUGAAAAUCCAGUUUCCCCAUCUGAACGAACCGAAAAUUUCAGCUGGGCUUGAAAAUUGGAUUUUCAGCCAGAUUUUCAGCAGAGAUGCGGAAGCUAUGCCCAAAUUUUUCUUCGAAUUUCCACCCAAAUCUUAUUUCCAGGCCGCAGUGGUUUGGGAAAAUCGACAUUCAUCAACACACUCUUUCUGGCCGAAAUCAACAACCUUUCGGAAAAUGCAAGUGCGCCCCACGGCUCAACAGUCCGUGUUGAGGAAAAGCUGGUGAAAUUGGUGGAGAACAGCGUGUCGCUCAAUUUGACGUUGGUCGAUACACCCGGGUUUGGCGACGCUGUGAACAACUCAAAGUGGUAAGAAACUGUGCCGCAGUUUGCUCCGCCCAUAUUUCUGUGCCGCCCGAAAAUAUGUUUAAUUCUUUGCAGCUGGGAACCGAUUGUCAACUAUGUGGAAGGCAAAUUCUUCGAGCAAUUUUGCGAGGAAACUCGAAUUGAUCGAGCCGAAAAAUUGGUGGAUAAAUGCGUCCAUUUGUGCCUUUAUUUCAUCGAACCAUCUGGACACGGGUAAGAUUUAUGAGCAACGGAAGUACUAGUGUUUUUGGUGUCGAAAAUCGUCGGAAAAUCACUAUUUAUCGCGUGGAAAUGUGAAUUUUCAGUCAAAAAUCGCUUGCUUUCAUGGGAAAACCUAGGCUUGCUUAGGUUUUCAGAUGGAAAAGGUGAUUUUUGGCUGAAAAUUUGACUGUAAAUGUGAAUUUUCAGUCAAAAAUCGCUUGGUUCCAUGGGAAAAUCUAGGCUUGCUUAGAUUUUCACAUGGAAAAGGUGGUUUUUGGCUGAAAAUUUGACUGGAAAUCGGAAUUUUCAGUCAAAAAUCGCUUGCUUUCAUGGGAAAACCUAGGCUUGCUUGGGUUUUCAGAUGGAAAAAGUGGUUUUUGGCUGAAAAUCUGGAAAUUUUCAGUCAAAAAUCGCUUGCUUUCAUGGGAAAACCUAGGCUUGCUUAGGUUUUCAGAUGGAAAAAGUGAUUUUUGGCUGAAAAUUUGACUGGAAAUCGGAAUUUUCAGUCAAAAAUCGCUUGCUUUCAUGGGAAAACCUAGGCUUGCUUAGGUUUUCAGAUGGAAAAAGGUGAUUUUUGGCUGAAAAUGACUGGAAACGUGAAUUUUCAGUCAAAAAUCGCUUGCUUUCAUGGGAAAACCUAGGCUUGCUUAGGUUUUCAGAUGGAAAAAGUGAUUUUUGGCUGAAAAUUUGACUGGAAAUUGGAAUUUUCAGUCAAAAAUCGCUUGGUUCCAUGGGAAAAUCUAGGCUUGCUUAGAUUUUCACAUGGAAAAGGUGGUUUUUGGCUGAAAAUUUGACUGGAAAUCGGAAUUUUCAGUCAAAAAUCGCUUGCUUUCAUGGGAAAACCUAGGCUUGCUUAGGUUUUCAGAUGGAAAAGGUGGUUUUUGGCUGAAAAUCUGGAAAUUUUCAGUCAAAAAUCGCUUGCUUUCAUGGGAAAACCUAGGCUCGCUUAGGUUUUCAGAUGGAAAAGGUGGUUUUUGGCUGAAAAUCUGGAAAUUUUCAGUCAAAAAUCGCUUGCUUUCAUGGGAAAACCUAGGCUUGCUUAGGUUUUCAGAUGGAAAAAGGUGGUUUUUGGCUGAAAAUCUGGAAAUUUUCAGUCAAAAAUCACUUGCUUUCAUGGGAAAACCUAGGCUUGCUUAGGUUUUCAGAUGGAAAAAAGUGGUUUUUGGCUGAAAAAGACAAUUCUACACAUCUGAAAUUGCUGAAAAUGUGUCUGAAAAUCCACUUUCUCAACUGAAACCAAAGUGUUCAGCUGGGCUUGAAAAUUGGACUUUCAGACACAUUUUUAGCGAAGAUGCGGAAGCUAUGCCCAAUUUUUUGCAGCCUCAAACCAAUCGAUAUCGAAUUGAUGAAACAUCUGCACGGUCGUGUGAAUAUUGUUCCAGUAAUCGCAAAAGCCGAUUGCUUAACUCGCGAUGAGCUAAAAAGAUUCAAAGUUCAAAUCAUGAAAGACGCGCAGAGCGCCGAAAUUAAAUUGUACAAUUUUCCGGAAGACGACAAAAGUAUGGCGGAAAAAUUGCGAGAAAUGUUGCCGUUUGCUGUGGUUGGAUCGAAUUCGUUGAGAGAAAAGGAUGGAAAAAAGAUCAGAUAUCGGUAGGAGAUGAAAAUAUGGGGGAAAAAUGAAUAAAAUAGUGAUUUUUGGAUGGAGAAAUGGUAGAAAUCUGAAAUUUUCAACCAAAAAUCGUUUGCUUUCAUGGGAAAACCUAGGCUUGCUUAGGUUUUCAGAUGGAAAAAGGUGGUUUUUGGCUGAAAAUUUCAAACAAAGAAACAUCUGAAAUUGCUGAAAAUUUGUCUGAAAAUCCAGUUUCCCCAACUGAACAAACCAAAAAUUUUAGCUGGGCUUGAAAAUUGGAUUUUCAGCCAGAUUUUUAGCAGAGAUGCGGAAGCUAUGCCCAAAUUUUCAUCUGAAAAUCCCAAAAAAUCUGAAAUUUUCUACCAAAAAUCGUUUGCUUUCAUGGGAAAAUCCAGGCUUGCUUGGAUUUUCAGAUGGAAAAAGUGGUUUUUGGCUGAAAAUUUGACUGGAAAUAUGAAUUUUCAGUCAAAAAUCGUUUGCUUUCAUGGGAAAACCUAGGCUUGCUUAGGUUUUCAGAUGGAAAAAGUGGUUUUUGGCUGAAAAUUUAAAAGAAAGCAACAUCUAAAAUUGCUGAAAAUUUGUCUGAAAAUCCAGUUUCCCCAACUGAACAAACCAAAAAUUUUAGCUGGGCUUGAAAAUUGGAUUUUCAGCCAGAUUUUUAGCAGAGAUGCGGAAGCUAUGCCCAAAUUUUCAUCUGAAAAUCCCAAAAAAUCUGAAAUUUUCUACCAAAAAUCGUUUGCUUUCAUGGGAAAAUCCAGGCUUGCUUGGAUUUUCAGAUGGAAAAAGUGGUUUUUGGCUGAAAAUUUGACUGGAAAUCGGAAUUUUCAGUCAAAAAUCGUUUGCUUUCAUGGGAAAAUCCAGGCUUGCUUGGAUUUUCAGAUGGAAAAAGUGGUUUUUGGCUGAAAAUUUGACUGGAAAUCGGAAUUUUCAGUCAAAAAUCGUUUGCUUUCAUGGGAAAACCUAGGCUUGCUUAGGUUUUCAGAUGGAAAAAGUGGUUUUUGGCUUAAAAUUUCAAACAAAGCAACAUUUGAAAUUGCUAAAAAUUUGUCUGAAAAUCCAAUUUCCCCAACUGAAAGAACCGAAAAUUUCAGCUGGGCUUGAAAAUUGGAUUUUCAGCCAGAUUUUUAGCAGAGAUGCGGAAGCUAUGCCCAAAUUUUCAUCUGAAAAUGCCAAAAAAUCUAGAAAUUUUCCAGCGAAUAUCCAUGGGGAACUGUAGAAGUCGAAAAUAUGGAGCACAAUGAUUUUCUCACUUUACGCGAUAUGAUUAUUCGAACCAAUUUCAUCGAUAUGAUUGAUGUCACCAAAAAUGUGCACUAUGAGAAUUUCCGAUUCCGACAAAUGGAAGGAUUGCCAAAAAAUGAGAAUAAUCGGUGAGUUUUUUUUUCGAGAUACUGUAGAUUUUUGGUUCAAAAUUAUCCAAUUUUCUCGAUUUUUACCUCAAAAAAUCCCAAAUUUCAACCUGAAUUCUUUUUUUUUCAGUGAUCCAUUCACUCAUAUGGAAGAAGAACGUCGUCAAAAAGAUCGUGAACUCGUCGAAAAACGCGCCACACUGGAACGUGUGUUCAACGAGAAAACCACUCUUCGAAAAACAGAGAAAUGAGGAGAAAUCGGCGAAAUUGGAUCAAUUGGAACACGAAAAUCGCCAGAAAAUCGACGCGAAAAAGGCGGAAUUGAUUCGAUUGCGGCAUGAGGUGAAUACUAGAGAAAUUCUGAAUUUUGGGGUGAAAAUUUGCAAUUUUUUGAUAGUAAAUAAGCCUAUAUUACUGUAGAUCAAUAUUUUGGCGCAAAUUCAUUUUUUAUGAAUUUUAGCGCCAAAAAAUCCACGAUGAAAUUAUUUUUGAACAAAAAAAUUGAAUUUCAAAUUUUCCCGCCAAAAUUGAGAGCUACAGUAAUUCUAGCCUAGUCCUGUUUAGUCUCAAAAAAUUUCAAAUUUUCCCGCCAAAAUUGAGAGCUACAGUAAUCCUAGUCUAGUCCUGUUUAGUCUCAAAAAAUUUCAAAUUUUCCCGCCAAAAUUGAGAGCUACAGUAAUCCUAGCCUAGUCCUGUUUAGUCUCAAAAAAUUUCAAAUUUUCCCGCCAAAAUUGAGAGCUACAGUAAUCCCAGCCUAGUCCUAUUUAGUCUCAAAAAAUUUCAAAUUUUCCCGCCAAAAUUGAGAGCUACAGUAUUCCUAGUCUAGUCAUAUGUAUUUAGUCUCAAAGAAUUCCGCAAUUUUCAUAGAUCAACGAACUUCGAAACGGAAAUCUAACAUCAUCGCAAACCUCAUUAGCCAUGUACAACGAGAAUUCGAUAAGCAGUGCAACUUCGAGCAAAUCGAGUCCACCAGCAACUGGUGGAACUAUCAAAAAACGCAUCGGAACACUUGGAUUGUUCAAUCGAAAUUGA